CGACUACAUCAGCUCUACGUAUGCCACCUCGUAAACUUCUCAGCAACCAACUCUCUGGCUGACCAUUUCUACAUCUUAUCAUUGUACAUUUAGUCAAAAAGCAUUGCAUCACCUUACAAACGAUCUAUUUUCUGUGUAUAAACGCAUUCCCAGUCUUGUCCCCAGCGUCUCUGCUAUUGUCGCAGUAGUGACCUGCGAUAUUCCAAGUGAACGAUAGCAAACAACAUACCUGUCACUUACCCUUGAAUCUCACCCACUCGACACUGGCUGUUGAUUGUCGGCGUCGAGCCUCACGUACAGAUGCCCUGCUUAUGAUUGUCUCCGAGUCUGCACCAACGACAUCAAUACCAACUCGAACCCAUCCAUAAAAUGCCCGUUUUCCCCAACCACUCCAGGCGGAAUAGUCGUCCCUUUUCAACCAGUCACAUUCACAAGAGGCAAGCUGGAGACAGUGGAGGCAGGAAUGGCUUCUCCGGCAGUGCGGUGACCAUUGCUACUAUUGCCGCUAUUCUCGUUGGCAUCACUGGUAGUGUGGUACUCUACUCAUUCUUGCGUAAAUGGAGGAACCAAGGCCGAAGCCCAAAAUACAUCCCUACAAAAUUUCUCAAGAGCAAGUGGCAGAGUUGGAAGCCUGGUGGAAAAUACUCACAGGUCCAGAAUCGAGACCUCUCCUCUACCAACACCGCAUAUAAUCCCGCUGAACCCGCCGGUGUCGAUCGAAAUGCCAGUGUCAGAAGCACAAUCACUCUUCCCGCCUAUUCAAGGGCGCCCAAAGAGAGCGAGCAAGUCAUUGGACGAGAAGGAGAAAGAGGCGGUAUGGAUACCGUGGUCGAAUACCCAGAAACCCAGGAUGAACAGGAAACUCGCCGAGAAGAGCAGAUGGAGUCUCUGUAUCAAAUCCGACUUGCGAGAAGACGAGAACUUCAAGAGCGAGAAGCAAGAAGACGUGAGAGGCAGGAAGCUCGCGAUCGGGGGGACACUGUCCGAUUGGAAGAGCUGCGGAGAGAAUCUCGUCAACGGGCAGAGAGCGCAACGGCGUUGAAUGGCGGUGUCAGCGUCUCAGCAGCAACUCUGAUCGCAGAGCAUCAGUCACGAGGCCGAGAAAGGAGAGUUUCAAGUGUCGCGUAUGGAUCUCUAGGUGAAGUACGACACGAUGGGACCAGACUCCGGGCCAACAGCAACGACUCAGAGAGAGGUGGCUUGCUGAGCGGAGCAGCCCCUAUGGGUGAGGAGACCACAGGUCGGCCCCGGUUGACUUCUGAUGCGACAUCCAUCCCCUAUCUAUCUCGACCACACACAAGAGAGAGCUCGAUCAGUGGCUUGAGUGUAUCGUCCAUCGGUUCAGACCAAGAAGUCGUUCGACAGGUGACUCCAGGGUCAGAACCUCCUCGGGCUUCAAAUAGCAGUGGAACCGCCAAUUCCUCACCUGCCGCCAACAGAUUCACUCCUGAUGAGAGCACAGGCUCUGAGGACAUUGGUGAGUCACGCAUUCCCGAGGCCGAUGCGGUGGACGAUGCCAACAGGCCACCUGAAUACGACAAUUUGGAUUGGGGAGAUGCUCCUUCUUAUGAAGUGGCCAUGGCUCGCCGGGCUGCUAGCAACGCCAGUCGAGCCGCAGGACUGCCCAGUCGUGCACCAACAAACGCAACCCCGAGGCUUCCUCAGCUCAACCUCCCGAGCAUCAAUAUCUCGGUUGCAUCAGAGCCAAAUACGCCCGUGAUAAGCCCAUCGGCUACCUCGCCAUCUACUGGAGCUCAAUCUUCAAACAACAGACAAUCUUGAAAAUAUCUACCGAUCUAGCACAACCAGAUCAUUAAAUGCCCCGCCGAUUGGUGUAAACAAUCAUGACUACGACAUUGACGAUUUCAGAAGCAGCAGAGCAUCAAUAUAAUGGGAGCCAGGAGUCGAUCUGUAUAGUACGGCGUUUUUAAGCCUAUGUAGUUGGAACAUGUCUUGGUGUAGGCCAUCAUUGGUCAGACGCGGAAGACAACAUCUUGGACAUGUCGAUGGUUGAAUAUA